GUUGAUCGUGAUUACGGCCUACCGUCGUUUGUCCUCUUCUGUAUUCUGAUUGAAAACCUCCGUGUCCGUGGUUCUCACUCCCGUUGCUCAGGGAUUUAAUGGUUGAAAAGAGAAAUGAAAACGCAAUGGAUUCGCGCCUCUUUUGCACUGACCAUCUGUCCCCUUUCCUCCUGCUCUGUGGGCUGAAUCAAAAAUGGCAGCCAUGGACGUUUAGCACUCUCCAUCCUCUUCAUCCUCGACUCAAAUCCAAGCCAUGGAUAUUUAAAUGCAUAUAAAGGGGUAAGCAUUUUAUAUGCGUUGCGUCCAUGUAAGAAGAAUAUGAGACGAGUUCAUCACGUUGUUGUUCGCCGUUCUAAUCGAAGAUGGGCUUGGACAGAUUUAAGAAAAAAUCAUUCUUUGUCUUCCCAGCCGCCUGAAUAUCAUAUGCAAUCGUUAUUUGAAGGCAGAAAGGCGAAAAAACACACGACCUGCGAAUUUGCAUUGGUUUCAGCUCUAAAAUCCUGCACAUCCCUCUUGGCCAUCUGCCAAGGCGAACAAAUCCAUUCAUUUGCAUUGAAAUCCGGUCUUCAUUCAAAUCUUUUUAUCCGGAAUAGUUUGAUUAAUUUUUAUGUAAAAUGUGGGCGCAUCGAAGCUGCUCGUUCAAUGUUUGCUUCUUGUUCUCUGUUGGAUUCCGCAUCUUGGAACAUAAUGAUUGCUGGGUAUGUCAAGCUUGGCCGACUAGAGGAUGCAUAUCAAUUGUUUCGGAUAAUGCCCAGUAGAGAUUGUGUCUCCUUUACUACAAUGAUCAUGGGUUUUGCUCAGAAUGAUCGCUUAGUUGAAGCUUUAGACGUUUUUAAUGAAAUGCGAGCUAUGGGUGUGACCCCAAAUGAAGUAACAUUAGCAAGUGUAAUAUCGUCUUACUCGCAUUUGGGUGGACUUCGGGAUAUAUGCAUGCUGCAUGCAAUGGCAAUUAAACUAGGUCUUGAAACACACACCCUGGUUUCAACCAAUUUGAUUCACAUGUAUUCCAUUUGCUCAAGCUUAGCUGAUGCAAGAAUUAUCUUUGAUGAUAUGCCUGAACGGAAUAUUGUUUCGUGGAAUGCAAUGUUAAAUGGAUAUUCGAAGGCAGGCUUUGUUGAUUCGGCAAAGGAUUUGUUCGAGAGAAUACCUGAAAAAGAUUUGGUUUCUUGGGGUACAAUGAUUGAUGGAUACAUACGGGUAGAUAGGUUAAAUGAAGCUUUAGUGACCUAUAUUGAAAUGCUACGCGCAGGAUUUGGCCCAAAUGAAGUUAUGAUUGUAGAUAUACUUUCUGCUUGUGGGCGAGCAAUAGCAACUAAUGAGGGUCUACAGUUCCAUGGUGCAAUUAUAAAAACUGGCUUGGACUGCCAUGUUUUCAUGCAAGCAACAAUCAUCCAUUUUUAUUCUGCUUGUCACAUGAUUGACUUAGCUUGUUUGCAAUUCAAAUUGGGGAAUAAGGAGAAUAUCUCAUCUUGGAAUGCUCUUAUAUCAGGGUUUGUAAGAAAUAACAUGGUUGAUUUGGCAAGGCAGCUAUUUAGUGAGAUGCCUGAAAGAGAUGUUGUUUCAUGGAGCUCCAUGAUCGCAGGUUAUGCCCAAAGCAAGCAGUCUAAUUUGGCACUAGAGCUCUUCCAUGAGAUGAUAACUAGUGGAAUUCAACCAAAUGAAAUCACAAUGGUGAGCAUCCUCUCUGUUAUUGCAACUUCAGGAACAUUGGAACAAGGAAGAUGGGUUCAUGAUUAUAUAAAUAAUAAUUCCAUUCCCCUAAAUGACAACUUAGGAGCAGCACUAAUUGAUAUGUAUGCAAAGUGUGGGAGUAUUAACAAAGCUUUAAAAGUCUUUAGUCAAAUCCAGGGCAGAUCUUCUUCAAUCUCACCAUGGAAUGCUUUUAUCUGUGGGCUGGCCAUGCAUGGUUAUGCAGAUAUGUCCAUUAAAUUAUUUUUGGAUCUUCAAAGAACACAUAUAAAACCAAAUUCAAUCACAUUUAUAGGAGUUUUGAGUGCUUGCUGCCAUGCAGGGUUAGUAGAUUCUGGGGUUCGGUAUUUCAGAAGUAUGAAGACGGUUUAUAACUUAGAUCCAAAUAUCAAGCACUAUGGUUGUAUGGUUGAUCUCUUGGGCAGAGCUGGGCAUCUGGAGGAAGCUGAGCAACUUAUAGCAAGCAUGCCCAUGGAAGCAGAUGUUGUAAUAUGGGGUACAUUGUUGGCAGCAUCUAGAACCCAUGGAAAUGUUGAAAUAGGAGAAAAGGCUGCAGAGAGGUUGUCUAGGCUUGAACCAGAUCAUGGAGCUGGUAGAAUUCUCCUAUCUAAUAUAUAUGCAGAUGCAGGGAGGUGGGAUGAUGUGUUUGCAGUCAGGAGGAAAAUGCAAAGUGAGAGAAUGAAAAAAUCGCCUGGAUACAGUGGUGUGGUUUGACCAACUCAUACUUUGUGUUGCUUAUGACCCUGAUUACCUCAAUUGUGCACUCAAUACACAGAGGUCUCUGUUCACAGGAUGAUAAUUUUGCUAAUCAUUAUUAUGAUGGCCCUUGAAGGAUGCAUUCUUGGGCUGUUUUUCUUUAACUAUUCUGGUGAUUUGAAUUGUACAUUAUCAUUGUAUAAAAUCUAUAAAAAUGUCUGUUCUUUUGAGGAGAAAAUAAGGCCCAUCAUGUAGUAAGAUUGUGGGAGUCAUGGGCAAAGUUGCUUUAU